GCGAGAAACGCUACUGAAUGCUCUCAGUUUUCUUUUCACACCCACUGACCUUCAGGCAUUCGUCACUCUGGUAUGCAAGAACUCGUGCUAUUCGCACUCCAGCAACCAAGCGGACCUCGACCGUAAUCCGCCCACAAAGUUGGUUGCGGUCUAUGCAUGCAAUGAGCACCGAAAUGAUGCUGAUUUCUCCUUUGGAGAAACUGAAGUCGCACCUGCGCUUCCUAAUGACUCUGCGCUCGCGCGAGGGGGUGUACCACUCCCUCAUUCUGUUCCGCCUGUCUGCCGGGCAGUCACAAACACGAACGCAAUCACAACAUACGGAGGAAGAUGAGCUCGACCAUGGGCAGAUAUAUGUGAUGGAGGCGAGCUGCCCGCACCUCGGCGCAGACAUGUCGCAUGCAGAGAUCGAGGAGUGCGAGACGGGCGUGGUCGCGGUGUGUCCGUGGCACAGGUAUGACUUUGACUUGCGCACGGGAGCAAGUGAGACGGGCCUCAAGGCAUGUACGUAUGCGGUGGAGGUGCGGGCGGACGAGGAUGGUGCAGAGGCUGUGUGGAUGCAGAUCCCGGAAGGUGGGACCAACUGGCGGCUUGUCGAGUUGCGGCCCGUUUCAGAAGAGUUCGCUGACCCGUCCCCGCCACCUGACCUAUCGCAUCUCGCAAUCUCACCGCCGGAGCGGAUGACUGAUCCCCCUUUUGGAGACAUCGUUCCCGCAGAAGGCGCACCAACGACGCUAAUGCAAUGGGCUGUUCUCAUCCUGAACACCGCCGACCCGCGGCUGAAGGUAGAGCGCACCAGGCAUGCAGUCCAAUUGUUCCGCAUGGGCCAACUCAAGUCCAUCGGGCACCGCUCAGCUGAGGCCCCGACGCCUCCGGACGUCCCGCUCAGAGACGAAGCAUACACGCGCAAUACGAUGGAUCCAGGCAGGAUGGGUAAGAGAAAGAACAAGGCAAUGAUGCUGCACGCGUUGGCCAACAUUGAACAAUGGGCGAUUGAUCUCGCAUGGGACAUCAUGGCCCGUUAUGGUCCGGAACACCCAGAUCUCCCUCCUGCAUUCUUCUCCGACUUUACCAAGAUGGCGCUCGACGAGUCCAAACACUUCUCUCUGCUUGUCUCGCGUCUUGCCGCCAUAUCGCCCAGCACACCAUAUGGCACAAUGCCCGUGCACGCAGGACUCUGGGACUCGGCGCGCGUCACGUUCAACUCACUGCGUGCGCGGCUGGCGAUCAUCCACCUCGUACACGAGGCGCGUGGUUUGGAUGUGAACCCGGGUACGAUUGAGCGUUUCCGGCGUGCGGGCGACGCGGACAGCGUGCGGGCACUGGAGGUGAUCCACCACGACGAGGUGACACAUGUCACGACGGGACACCGGUGGUUCACGUGGGUGUGUGCGAAGCAGGGCGUUGACCCUGUGCCUACGCUCCGGGAAGAGGUGAGGAGAUGCUGGAAGGGAGACGUCAAGGGACCGUUUAAUGUGGAGGAUAGGGAAAAGGCGGGGCUGACGCGAGAUUUCUACGAAGAUCUCAGAGGAGAGAUGUCUGCCGAUUGGGAAAAGUCAAAGGAGACAGCAUGACAAGAGUAAGUAAAUACUGUUGAUGAACCCUGCUAUCGUUUCUCAAAAGUAGCUACUAGCAUCAGUGUUGUACUGAAGUUCUCGUCGCGUACAUUUUCCGAACGCGCUUGUGGCGUGUGAAUUCACGUUCGUGUAGGCGCCCAAAGCAUGAAUGUAACCGUUACACGCGGCGGCGAUCUCUCGCUCAGGCUCUUCGUUUCCCGACUUCCAGCUCAUAUAGCCAAUCUACAUCAAAAGUAUGUUAAGGAAAUUUGAUCUAGCUGGUGGCAUUAGAGCCCCUAUUGCUAAUGCAAUCCGGGGAGAAACCAGGCGCACUGGCAGUCAUGAUCAACUCGAAGAGAGGUG